AUGGCAAAGCAGGACGUCAAGCCGCAUCCGGAUGCACCCCUGAAUCCACAGCUGACCUUGUUCAGAGUGUGGGAUGAGGAGGGAGAGUGCGACGAGACUGACGAGCUCUUGGAGUCGUUUUUCUCCUUGACGUCGGAGGACGACCUGCGACCGACCCGACGCUCGACAAGUGAGAAGACUGAGAAGACUGAGAAGACUGAGAAGAAGAAGAAACGCAAAAGCUCGAGUUCCUCCUCCAGCAGCAGCAAGAGCAGCUCUGACGACAGCGACGACGACAGCUCCUCGAGCAGUGCCAAGAAAAAGAGCAAAAAGGGCAAGAAGAGCAAAAAGGGCAAGAAAAGCAAAAAGUCUAAGAAAAGCAAAAAGGACAACAAGGGCAAGAACAAAAAGAAGGGCAACGGCAACAAGCGGAACAAAAAGGAGACAGCUAAGGAGCUGGAAGCCAAGGCCGCAAAGGAAAAGAAGAAGGAGGAAGAGAAAGCUCAGAAAGAGAAGGACAAGGAGGAGGCUAAGCUACGCAAGCAGGCAGAGCAGGAGAAGGAGACCGAGAGAAAGCAAAAGAAAGCCGAUGCCAUGAAGGUGGUGUCGCAGAUCAACGCGAAGAUCCAGGAGGGCUGUAAGAAGGAAGCCAAGAUCAACCAGAUGCCGCCCAAGGAUGUGAGGACGCCGAUGCUCAAGAAGCUGCAGGCAUCCAAGGAGGGUCUGCAAGUCGCCCGGGACGACCUGCAGAAAGCAUGCGAUCAUGACAAGGCCCACUGGCUUAAGUUUGUGGCUUCAUCAUCCGUCUAA